CGUAUCAUUACCAUAUGAUCUAAUGUGGGUGUCAGCUGGCUGUGCUCAUUGAGUGAAACCUUCGUUUUUAACUGUGCUAUGGGGUAGAGGCUGGAGGUUUUCAACCUAGUGACAGUCACAGAGCAGCACUACCCCUCCUCCUUUCCACACCUGCAGACUCUUUGGCUUGGGCAGAAUAUUUAGUGUAAUUACAUCUCAGCUCUGAGGGCUCCCGUGGCAAAUACCCGGAUUAAAAGGUUACCAGGUUGUAAAAGUACAUGAGAUAGUCAUGAAGGUUACUCUCAUCUUACUCCUUCUGGCACAAAUCUCUUGGGCUGGACCAUUUGAACAGAGAGGCUUAUUCGACUUCAUGCUAGAAGAUGAAGCUUCUGGGGUAGGCCCUGAAGACUCUGGCCUUCCUCCUGAACUACCGUCCCUGGAGGACCUGGGUCCUGUGUGUCCCUUCCGCUGCCAGUGUCAUCUAAGAGUGGUCCAGUGUUCUGAUUUGGGUUUGGAUAAAGUGCCCAAGGACCUUCCACCUGACACAACAUUGCUAGACCUGCAAAACAACAAAAUAACCGAGAUCAAAGAUGGGGACUUCAAAAGCCUGAAGAACCUACAUACCUUGAUUCUUGUCAACAAUAAGAUCAACAAGAUCAGUUCUGGAGCGUUUACACCUCUAGUGAAAUUGGAAAGGCUUUAUCUCUCUAAGAACCAACUGAAGGAACUGCCUGAAAAAAUGCCUAAAACCCUCCAGGAGCUCCGUGCCCACGAGAAUGAGAUCACCAAAGUGCGGAAAACCGUGUUCAAUGGACUGAACCAGAUGAUUGUCAUAGAACUUGGCACCAACCCACUGAAAAGUUCUGGCAUUGAAAGUGGAGCCUUCCAGGGAAUGAAGAGACUCUCAUACAUCCGCAUUGCAGACACCAACAUCACUGCUAUUCCUCAAGGUCUCCCUCCUUCUCUCACGGAAUUGCAUCUGGAUGGAAACAAAAUCACCAAAGUCGAUGCAUCCAGCCUCAAAGGACUGACUAAUUUGGCUAAGUUGGGGUUGAGUUUCAACAGCAUCUCUGCCGUAGACAAUGGUACUCUGGCCAACACUCCUCAUCUGAGGGAGCUCCACUUGGACAACAACAAACUCAUCAGAGUGCCUGGUGGGCUGGCGGAGCACAAGUACAUCCAGGUUGUCUACCUUCACAACAACAACAUCUCUGCGGUCGGGUCAAAUGACUUCUGCCCACCUGGCUACAACACCAAAAAGGCUUCUUACUCCGGAGUGAGCCUUUUCAGCAACCCUGUUCAGUACUGGGAGAUCCAGCCAUCCACCUUCAGAUGUGUCUAUGUGCGCUCUGCCAUUCAACUAGGGAACUACAAGUAACUCCAGACAGCAUCAUUCUUAUAAUCUGGAAAAAAAUAACAACCCAAAACCCAAUCUGUCAGUAUCAUUAGUAAAAGGGGUGGGGGUGGGGAGAAAACUAGAUGCUGGAAAUUCAAGAGUAUUGUAGAUGCCUUUUCCACACGACCAAUCAUGCAUCAAGCCAAAUAUGCAGAUUGAAUAACUGCCUACAAUAAAAAUAUUUUGCCUGCAAUAUUCAGAAUCAUUUCUAAAUGUUUCUGUAGAUAUGAACUAAGCUAUUAAAAUCUGAUGUAACCAUAGAGGCCAGACUUUUAAUAAAGCUUUAAAAAGAACCAAAUACAAAGUAUUAUGUAAUUCAUAGACAUAAAUUAACUCUUUUGACAUAAAGUCAAAUGCCAAACUCUAGCAGUGUAUUAGUCUUCUUUAUUAUUGGUAAUGCCUCAUUUGAAUGUGUAAAUUCAAUACAGGCUGUGUAAAAUUUUCACUGUCAUUUUAUUGAAAGAAAUAAAAUUUUGAAAAUGCA